UUUUAUAUUGCUCUGGUAUUUCUGCCAAAGACACCACGGCCCUCAGUCUCUCGGAGAAGGACUUCUCACACCCUUGGUGCUCCAGCCCCCAGCUCAUUCCACCACUCCCACCAUGUGUGAAGAAGAGACCACUGCCCUUGUGUGUGACAAUGGCUCUGGCCUGUGCAAGGCAGGCUUUGCAGGAGAUGAUGCCCCCAGGGCUGUCUUCCCCUCCAUUGUGGGCCGCCCUAGACAUCAGGGUGUGAUGGUGGGAAUGGGCCAGAAAGACAGCUAUGUGGGGGACGAGGCUCAGAGCAAGCGUGGGAUCCUAACUCUCAAGUACCCCAUUGAACAUGGCAUCAUCACCAACUGGGACGACAUGGAGAAGAUCUGGCACCACUCCUUCUACAAUGAGCUUCGAGUAGCACCGGAAGAGCACCCCACCCUGCUCACAGAGGCCCCCCUAAACCCCAAAGCAAACAGGGAGAAGAUGACCCAGAUCAUGUUCGAAACCUUCAAUGUCCCUGCCAUGUAUGUUGCUAUUCAGGCUGUGCUCUCACUCUAUGCAUCCGGCCGUACCACAGGCAUCGUCCUGGAUUCAGGGGAUGGUGUCACCCACAAUGUCCCCAUCUAUGAGGGCUAUGCACUGCCCCAUGCCAUCAUGCGUCUUGACCUGGCUGGACGGGAUCUCACAGACUACCUCAUGAAGAUUCUCACAGAAAGAGGCUAUUCCUUUGUGACCACAGCUGAGAGAGAAAUUGUACGAGACAUCAAGGAGAAGUUGUGCUAUGUAGCCCUGGAUUUCGAGAACGAGAUGGCCACAGCAGCUUCAUCUUCUUCCCUGGAGAAAAGCUACGAGUUGCCUGAUGGGCAGGUCAUCACUAUUGGCAAUGAGCGCUUCCGCUGCCCGGAGACCCUCUUCCAGCCUUCCUUCAUUGGUGAGAUUAUCGCUCCUCCUGAGCGGAAGUACUCAGUCUGGAUUGGCGGCUCUAUCCUGGCCUCUCUCUCCACCUUCCAGCAAAUGUGGAUCAGCAAGCCAGAGUAUGAUGAGGCAGGGCCCUCCAUUGUCCACAGGAAAUGCUUCUAA